UUACUACCCAAAACUUACUUUAGUAUCGAAUAGCGAUAGUCAUCUUCACCAAAAAUUUCUUAAGUAUCGAAUGAGUGAAUAUCUUCAAUUUUAGGAUUAAUAUUAAAAUUACUCAGUAGCUAACAAAUAUUUAAAAAGGAGUCGCUCUAGAAAAUUUUGCAUUUUGCGAUAUUCUACGAGAACGUAUAACACUACAUAUACAUAUAUGUAUAUAAAAUUCUCAUAAUUAUGCUUCUAUAAAUACUUAAAAGCCGUAAGCAAACCACACAAUCAACGGUAUUCUGCGCAGCAAAAAAGAAACUGCUGCGUCAGCAACAACACUCACACAUGCAUGCUUUCAGCUAUUUACUUAAUAUACAUACAUACAUGUGUGUGCGUAUAUGUGUUAGAGCGCAAACAUCUGAUGGAUAUGUUUUAAUUAAAGCCGCCGUUGUUGCCGCAAAGUUGCCGUUGCAGAUAGCUGUUGUUGACACCGCUUAAUGAAGUAAACAAGCAAAAGAACUCAUCAUAGCAAACCGCAAGCACAAAUAUUAUGAAUGAUUUUGGCUGCUCGCAUACACUACAUAUAUACUAUAUGAAAGCUUAAGAAAAUACUCAACAAGUAUGAGAAUUAUAAAUAUUUCAGUAAACUAAAAGACAACUUCAUAUAGAAGAUUUAUUAAGCUAAAAGUUGUUGCUUGGAAUUAAUCGUGUUUUAUGGUGAUUAAAAUAAAAUGCUGCAAAAAAUAAAUAAAUAAGUAAGAGAACUGCUAAGGCGAAAGGAAAAAGAACAGAAUUUGAAGUGAGUGCUUUGAAUUUCAUAUUUAUGAUCUAAAAUAUCUAGGUAACAUUAAAGUGAGGCAUAAGAUAAGCGUAAGAAGCUCCGGCAGGUUACUUAGUAGCAGUCGGAAUGAAUCAUUCAGCUCCGUGACGGGGGUAACUUUCGCAUUCGACUGUGCCGUAAGUGACUAUUACAAAUAUCAAAAUAAAAACAAAUCGCCCACUGCAAAAUCUGGAGUAUACGGAGUGCGUUGUCAUGAUGAAACAGCACUGUUUGUUGACAAAUUAAGCCGUUUUUUCUGCAAUUCGGCAUCGCAUUGGCCCAAUCGUUUGACCUAGUAAAGUCGUGUUACCCUUUUACCGUACUCCAAGUAGUAUCACACCAAGUAAACCUCAGAAAACGGUGACGUUGCCUUUCCAGCGGACAAGAUAAUUUUUGACUUCUUCGCCGCAGUGAAAUCUGUGUAUUUAAUGGUGGAUCGAAUAAUGAAGGCUUCUUCUAUGGCACACAGAUUAGACAGAAGACAAAUUCAAACUAAAUGACUACAAUUCAGUCUUUCAGGUCGAAAACGCCAACUGGGCUUCUGUUCAAACCAGCAAAUCUCUUAAUCCUCUAGUAGAUAGCCAAGAGCAAUAAAUGCUAUCCGUACGCGCCAACAGAAGUCUCAUUGCUUACAAUUCUGUAAGGAGGUAAAUCCAUCUGGGUACCAAGCCAUAUAGAAAUAAAAAGAAAUUGAAAAACAGACGAGUUGAGCCGCUCGGAUGCAGCCGGGAAUACAAUCCCCUUAAGCUGCUCUUGACUGUUCAGAUCCAUCAAGGACUGCUUAAAGCAACGGAUUCUAGAGGAACAACUCAGAUCUUGGAACACUACCAACACUGGGCAUGCUACACAAGAACUUUGGGGUAGUGUUAAUGACGGAAAGACCAAAAAGCUUUUAUUUUUAGGAAAGAAAGAACUAUUUGUAGGGGUAAUCACAGAGCGUCUGCUGCUAAGAUCCCAGCUUCAAAUACUUGUUAAAAUAUAAUCCAAAGAAUACAGAGCAGAGAAUGAUGAGCCUCUUUUAUCUUUGUGAUUCUCCAGGCUUCAGUCGGUUGAAACGAGAUAUAUUCCACGACUUCUAAUGUUCCAACUACAAAAAUAAAAGGCAGUUAGGUGGGAAAAAUCAUUAUGUCAAAUCCACUCAAUUGCUGAUUGCUUAUUUGCUUACAAAGGAGAAUGAGCUAUAUUAUGUCUUAAGUAUGGUCGCCUUAGGUCAGGCGCCCCUAUGCCUCUCUUUUUUAACCAACCGACCAACCAAUACCAACCGAAAGAUAUGAAACGACAACCCAUAUUCGAAGUGUUUCAACAAUCACCACUGUGUAUAGAUUCAAUUUGCUGUUUUUAUAUAUUUUCUCAAAAACAAAAAAUCAAUUGACACUUCAAAUCCGAAUAUUUAUUUUGCGUUUUAUAAAAGUUAAUUUCUUGUAUGAAUUUUUUCGCUGCAGACUAACUUAUAGUAUCGUUUAUUUGCUCAUUUGGGAUGGCGACAAAAUUUAAAAGUCCAAACACAACAAUCAACAUGACGGCACAAACCGCAGCCAAGUACAAAAGCACACGUUCUUCAACCAGUUUCGGCGCAUCCACCACGCGAUCCAUCAACUCAACGUCGAGCAGUAUCAGCUCCUGCAGCAGCCGACGCAGUUGCGACAACAGCAACGGCAGUAAGGCCAGUAAAAGUUACACGAACAACAGUAAUGCCUUUGGCGACAAGCGCUUCAGCACACGCGCCGCGGUCAACGGACGCACCACACUCUUCCGUUCGUUCAUUACGUCGGGACCGCGUGUACGUCAAGCAAUGCCGCAAUCCAAUGACUUUGCCUACGAUCUCUCUAAAGAUGAAUCGAAAUUUAUGGGCACAUUUAAGGGACCCAUGAAAACGGUGCCGGACAAUGAGCGUGAGCUGCUGAAGAGUGGUCAACGCGGUGCCUACUUAGCGUUGCGCUAUGAGCAUUCGCCAGAUCGCAAAUACAACUAUCCGGAGGCGACUAGCUGGCGUAUUGGCUGGUUUCAUAACCAAAUGACGCGACAAGGUGUCGCCAUUUAACGGUUUAAGUUUUGUAACUAAAGUUUUGCAAACAUGUGCUGUAAUAUAUCUCUAAAUUCAGGUCGAUGGUCCUGUUAGUAUUUCAAAAUCAAUCUUUUGAUGAACUGAGCUGAUCGGUUGUGUUCUUAAAACCGUCAACGAAUUGACGUUGAAAUGCUGCUCAGCUCAUCGACUGAAAUUAUUUAUGUACAUAUGUAUGUGUAAUUGUUUCGUGAGUUACGAUCUUCUCCUACUAAAUUCAUAUUUUGUGACAAAACCAAUAAAUUAUACGAAAUUAGAUGGUAAAAAGUU